AUGACGAUGCUGCUGGACGGCGGGCCGCAGUUCCCGGCGCUGGGGGUGGGCGGCUUUGCGGCGCCCCGUCACCACGAGAUGCCGGGCCGCGAUGCCGCCGCCGCCGCCGGUAUGGGGCUGGGCCCCUUCGGGGACUCCUCGCACGCCGCCGCCGCCUUCAAGCUGAACGCGGCCCCGCACGACCUCGCCGCCGGGCAGAGCUCCGCGUUCACGCCGCAGGCGCCGGGCUACGCCAGCGCCCUGGGCCACCACCACCAUCACCACCACCACCACGCCGGCCAGGUGCCCUCCUACGGCGGGGCCGCCGCCUUCAACUCCACCCGCGACUUUCUCUUUCGCAACCGAGGCUCCGGUAUCGCGGACGCCGCCUCCGGUACGGCGCAACACGGGCUUUUCGGCGGUUCCCCCGGCGGUUUGCACGGCCCCGGCGGCAUCCCGGACACCCCGGGCUACCUGCUUUUCCCGGGGCUCCACGAGCAGAGCCCGAGCCACACGUCCCCCAACGGGCAUGUGGACAACGGGCAGAUGCACCUGGGGCUGCGCGGGGACCUCUUCGGGCGACCGGAUCCCUACCGGGCCGUCUCCAGCCCCCGCACGGACCCUUACGCCGGCGCCCAGUUCCACAACUACAACCACAUGAACAUGAAUAUGGGCAUGAACGUGGCGGCCCACCACCACCACCACCACCACCACGGCCCCGGCGCUUUCUUUCGAUACAUGCGCCAGCCUAUCAAGCAAGAAUUGUCCUGCAAGUGGCUCGACGAGAGCCAGCUCAGCCGGCCCAAGAAGAGCUGCGACAGGACUUUCAGCACCAUGCACGAACUGGUGACCCAUGUCACCAUGGAGCACGUCGGGGGGCCGGAGCAGAACAACCACAUCUGCUACUGGGACGAGUGUCCGCGGGAAGGCAAGUCCUUCAAGGCGAAAUACAAACUGGUGAACCACAUUCGGGUGCACACGGGGGAGAAGCCCUUCCCCUGCCCCUUCCCCGGCUGCGGCAAGAUCUUUGCCCGCUCUGAGAACCUCAAGAUUCACAAGCGGACGCACACAGGUGAGAAGCCCUUCAAGUGCGAGUUUGAAGGCUGCGACAGGCGCUUCGCCAACAGCAGCGACAGGAAGAAACACAUGCAUGUCCACACCUCGGACAAGCCCUACAUCUGCAAGGUGUGCGACAAAUCCUACACCCACCCCAGCUCACUUAGGAAACACAUGAAGGUACACGAAUCCCAGGGGUCGGACUCUUCCCCUGCAGCCAGUUCGGGGUACGAGUCCUCCACCCCCCCUGCGGUGGGCUCCGCCGGCAGUAAGGACUCCACUAAAACGCCGCCGGCCGCCCUUCAGAGUAACCCCGGCCACAACCCUGGACUGCCCCCCAAUUUUAAUGAGUGGUAUGUGUGAAGGCAGCUGCUGCCCAGCCAGAGACUGGACCAAAUGCGUUGGGAACAAGGGGAAAAAAAAGACAAAUCAAGCCAACUGCAGCUCGCUCCCACGGAAACGGAGUUUCCACACUGACGACCGCAUAGGGCUACACCUAGUUAACUGCCAGGAUCUGGAGGGGGGGGGUGUGUCUUUUAUUAUUAUAUUAUAAUUAUUACUAUUUCUCGCAAGCCCAGACGCUGGACUAGCCAUGUCCUUUUCUCAGGAUUGGAUUUCUUUUUUUUUUGUGUGUAAUUUUUUUUUUUGCAGUCGCAGUUGUUUCUUUGAUAUUUUUUUUCCUCCCUGCCCCAGUCCCUCUUCCUCCAAUUCCUCACUUUUCUUUUUAUUUUUAAUUUGUUUUGGUUUUCCUUCUUUCGGUGGGAUGUUGACAUGAGGAUGAAAAUUCUCCUUCGCCUUAGUGGUGAUUGUUUAAACUUACAGUCUUAAACCGUGCCAAAGUCCUGUUAUGUCUUGAACUUUCCUCUCUAGCUCUCCUGCUGCUUCUUUCUCUGCUCUACUCCUCUUUCUCCUUCUCUCUCUCCGAGCAUUACACUUGUGAAUGUAUUCUCGUCUGAUGGGGUCGGUCAGUAUUUUUCAGGAUGAGGAUGUGGUGUUUAUUCUACCCAGAUUGUGACGUUUAGUAUAACAGUUGCCUUUUUGUAAUAACUUUUUUUGUAAAUACAUAUCCAUGAUGCCAUAUUUAUCGUUCGUAAUUUAAUUAUUGAUACAAAGUGCCGGGAACUGAAGAAUAUUUAUGGGGGAGAAAAAAUUGUUUUCUAACAAAAAAAAUACAAACAACAACAAAAAAUAUCCAACUCUGUACAGCUUUUGGUUAU